UGAGUUUCAUCAAUUGAGUGUACUUUUGAAUUGCCCAAAAAAAGUAAACCCUAAUUGGUGCUUGACAGCCCUUUUUUAUAUCUUUUGUUUUUUUAAGGGCUAUUUUUGUGUGUUUGUUUUGUUGGGAAACUUGAAUUGCAAGAAAUGGCAUCAUCUGUGGGUAACAAUAGUAGUCAUACAGAUGUUGAUAGUCUCAUAACGGGUCGUAUUGUUAUAGCUUUAGAUGCAACCAGGGAUCACCCUGAGCAGGAAAUCAAGCGCAUUAUUGAUGAGAUCAGAUCACAGGGUAACAUCCUUCAUGCGGGCGAUACCAUUAUUGUGCUUGGGGUUUUGCAUAAAUAUCUUCAUCCUAUGGGUUAUCAAAUGGAAGCAGAGCCACUGUCCAUGUUUGGAACUCACAAACGUGAGAUCGAAAAAGAAGUAACAAAGAAGAUUGAUGCAUAUGUGAACAUGCUCAUGCAAAGUGCCCAAGACUGUGAAGGUGAAGGGGUCGACAUUGAAGUCAAAAUUACUGCUGGGACUCCAGUUAGGAAGGUGGUUGUACAAGAGGUUACAACUAUCAAUACAACAUGUGUUGUGUUAGAUAGGCACCUCAGGCGGGAUUUGACGUAUUACCUUAAACACAUACCCUGCAAAGUUGCAUUAAUUGGUGAUAAUUUAUUCGUCAAGAUUGUGAGACCUUAUUCCAUAGUUGAUGCUGACAACAUAGAGCAUAAGUUAUACUUUUCUAUGUCCAAACAAGUACCCUUGGCACCCCCUCCAACUGCAGAGAACGCAGAGCAGUCUGUUGUUUCAAUCAACUAUUCAGGUUCUGUGGCAAGCUCCGAAAUACCAGAGAAUGAACUGGUGGUAUAUAAUCAACUGGAGCAUAGCACUUCACACGAAGAUCUUAGUUUCAAUUCUAUGCAAGAAAGAUCAGAUAGGUCUGCUAGAGGAGAUAUGAAGCAUCCAAUCCCUCCUGUUUUCCAGAAAGAACGAAGACCACCUACAUCAUGGAGAUCCUCUAAUACACCAUUUCUUUGUAUCGCUUGUGGAGCAAAGACAGAACUAUACAUCAAGGAUUCAAUGAGAUUCAGUUUCUCAGAAAUACAGCUGGCAACAGAUGAUUUUUCAAAGGAUAACUUGCUUGGAGAAGGUGGAUAUGGUCAUGUAUACAAAGGUCGGUUAAAAGACGGUCAGGUCAUUGCUGCAAAGGUGCGGAAGGAAGCAAGCACACAAGGAUUUUCUGAGUUUCAUUCUGAAGUUUAUGUUUUGAGCUUUGCACGUCACAAAAACAUUGUGAUGCUUUUGGGUUAUUGCUGCAAGGAAAAUGUUAACAUCUUGGUCUAUGAAUACAUCUGCAAUAAUUCUCUUGAGUGGCACUUAUUCGAGAAUACCGAGAAUAUUCUUGAGUGGCACCGCAGAUAUGCCAUUGCCAUUGGCACUGCAAAGGGCUUGCGCUUUCUUCAUGAAGAAUGUCGUGGAGGUCCAAUUAUUCAUCGUGACCUGAGGCCAAGCAAUAUACUUCUCACUCAUGACUAUGUUCCCAUGCUAGGUGACUUUGGCCUGGCUAAGUGGAAGACAAAUGACGAUGAUAUAUACACAAGGAUACUUGGCACAUUGGGAUAUCUCGCUCCUGAAUAUGCUGAGAACGGCAUUGUGUCUGUCAGAACAGAUGCCUACGCAUUUGGCAUUGUUCUUAUACAACUAAUGUCCGGACGCAAAGCCAUAGAUGCAAUGAGAGAGGACAGCCAUCAUUCCCUUAGACAAUGGGCAAUUCCCCUCAUUGAAAGGCUUGCAUUGCAUGAGCUCAUUGAUCCUCGCAUAGGCGACUCUUAUGACACAUUUGAAGUGUACCACAUGGCUAGAACUGCAUUCUUGUGUGUGCAGAAUGACCCUGAGCUGCGGCCAUCAAUGGGAGAGGUCUUGCGUCUUCUUCAUGGGGAGUUAGACCAUCUCCACCAGAUCGCGGAGCAGUUUGUACCUCAAUUUGCUCCACAUUUUAGUAAAUAGAAACCUGAUCAGCCAUGUUAUGUUUAGUUUGUUGCUGCAACUGUCUUGGUAUGCUUUACAUUUGUGUGCCCAGGGGAAUUGGAAAGAGCUGUAUAAGCUUUGUUUGGUAUGAUACUUUAUAAUACAAGUAAUAUUUUAAAACAGUUCAACUAGUAUAAACUCCUAUUUAUCAUGUUAUAUAUACUUUAUGAUACACGUAAUAAGGUUUUUUCCACGUAAAUUUGGCAUCUCUUGGAUUUGAUUAUUUUUGUAUUGUCAUAUUCAUUUGUUGGUGUUUAUAGUUGUUGUCUGCUCCUCUUUCUUUUUUUGCGUUUGUGUUUGAGGUAUCCUCUUGGUUCGAAUAGAUUGGGGAAAUUGACUGAAAUAUCAUGUGUUGCAUCUUUUAUCGUGUAAUUUAUUUUUGUGUUCCCUAACAAGUACAAAUAUACCUUAAUUACAAGCCAUUUUGAUAAUUUUUCAUCUUAAACACAGUCAAACUUGGCAAAAAAAAAAAAGUAGAAGAAAAAAGUUUAUUGAAGCUUAAUUAUGUUAUCCUCUUCCAUUUAUUACCUAUUUUAACAUCCCAAAAAACAUGGAUGUUGACUAGAUUUUCCAAUUUCCCCAAAUCAACCCAUCAUCUAAAUAAAAUGCAUUUAAGAGUUG